AUGGAGGAAGGCCAAGGAAGGCCAAGGAGGAAGGCCAAGUCCAGAAGCCUCCUCAGAAUGAUGGAAAUGAGGGACAAAGACGAGACCAUGGGCGAUAAAUCUUGGGAUUCCUCCCGUAAGAGGAAGGCCAAGGGCGACAACCUCCUCGGAAUGGAGACCGCCCAUGGGGAGCCUACCCACUGCGGUGUCUGCUUUUCCACUGCAAUAUUAAAGUUCAGUCCAGAAGAGGAAGAGGCAGGCAAGGACUCUGCCGAGCAGGAGGAGGAGGCAGACCAAGUGCUAAUACAGGAGACCAAUCCAGAGGAGCAGGGGGGCAAGGAGCCAGCCGAGGAGGAGAAGGAGCCAGACGGAGACAAGGAGGACAAAGAGAAGGCAUCCCGGAAAACGGUCAAGAGCACCAAGAAAAGAAAGAAGCCAAAGAUAUCCACGGCAUACGAACGCCAAAAGAGAAAGUUAAAACAGAAGGAGAUGAUGCAACAGAUAAACGAGAAAGUGAAGACAUCGACCAGCUCCUCCUCCAAACCAAAGGCCCUCAAGGCAACAGGGACAGCAGUGGUGAGAUGA